CCAAUCGUCCCAACCACACUGCCCGUCGAGCCAAUCGUCAGAAAAAACUCACGAUCUGCUGGGUUUGAGUGCUGCGCAAUUGCUAAGAGCGAGAGUUUGCUGAACGCAGUAGUUGUGUGAUAGCUAUGGCUGGAAGCGAUUACUCUUUCGUGUCUGGCGGAUCCUUGAAAAUCAAGGGAGCCAAGAUCGAGAAGAAGAAGAAGAAAGCAGCAAAGGCCGCUGCCGCCGCCGCUUCUGCCUCUGCAGAAUCGCCAGCACCGGAAGAAGACAAAAACGAAGAAAAAGAGAGAGAAAAGAGCAGCACGCCACAGCCUAGCGAACCGAUAAAGACUGAAUCAGAGCGAAAAUUCGAAGAGUUGCAGCGAAAGAGGAUGGAGAAGGAACUCUUGAAGAAGGCUUCGAAAUCUCACAAAGAAAAAGUGCAAGAAUACAACAAGUAUCUGGCCAGUCUAUCAGAACACAACGAUAUGCCCAAGAUCGGCCCCGGCUAAUACGACGCGAUACACAACACUUUACGAUAUCAUGAUUUAUUUUUUACUUAUCUAGCAUUCAGAUUAACUCAAAAAAUCAAAUUACACCCAACUAGUUAUACAG